CACAGCACCAAUUCCAUCUUGCAUCUCAAUCGCAUCACCAGCCAUGAAGAUUUCAUUUGUCUCGGUAGUUACAACUCUGGUCACUGUGGCCCAGGCUCAUACCUAUCUCAGCCAUCUGACUAUUGCCGGCACCAGACACCCGGAGGGAGAGUGUCUUGAGCCCUACCCCAAGCUACGCAAUCGUCCAGUCCUGUUCGUUGACUCGCCUGAUCUGACUUGCGGUCUGAACCGGACCAAGAGCGCCUCUGUCAAGUCGUGCCCUGUCCAGGCGGGUACUGAUGUGAUUGCUGAGUGGCAUCAUAACAAUGAUUCGCCUUCAGACGAUGUGAUUUCGGCCUCUCACAAAGGCCCUUGCAUCUUCUACAUGGCGCCAGCCGCGUCAGAAGGCAAGGGCGACGUGUGGUUCAAGAUUUUUGAGGAUGGCUACGAUCCGAGCACCAAGACCUGGUGCAUCAACAAGCUUCGUGACAACAAGGGCAAGAUUGCUGUCAAGAUUCCCCCAAGCCUGAAGCCCGGCGACUACCUUCUGCGCGGUGAGGUCAUCGCCCUGCAUAAUGCCGACGCUAUCCACACGGAAAACCCGAAACGGGGAGCACAGUUCUAUGUCCACUGUGGUCAUAUCACUGUCACUGGUGGCGGAUCUGAGGUUCCCAAGGGGUAUGCGAUCCCUGGCGUCUACAAGUACACUGAUCCGGGAGUCCACUUCAACGUCCACAAGCCCUUCUCCGAGUAUGUGAUUCCAGGUCCGCCUGUUUGCGCUGGUGGAACCUCGAACUCUAAGGGGACUACUGGCCAGACCAAGCCCCCAAAGUCUCAGGCGUCGUCCGCGCCCAAGAGCGCCUCCUAUGCCACAUCUAGCGCCCCGGUCAAGACUAGCGAGGCUAAGACAAAGACUAGGACCAAGACCAAGCACUCAAAGACACGUAGUCCCUCAUCAUACCAGACUGUGUAGAUGUGGCAGUGGAAAACAAGCAAUUUACCGUUGGUGCUCAGUUUCUGCAAUAAGCUCAUAUAUCGCUGUUAACUUGAAUGUGGCCAAGUAUACUGCAGAAAGACCAACUGAACGUUACGUGCUUUGCAUAUCUCGUGAAAAUGAGGUAUAGGCAAAACGCAAAUACGGGUCUGACUCUGUGCUAUUUCAGUGUACAGGACACUGUUUACCGAUAGCUCCGCUCACUGGGUUGUGAAUAUGCAGCGAUGGUAACACAAAAUACCGGGUCGUUCUGCAAGUGUAGGGUGCUUUCGUCACCUUGUUUCAUGUUUGAGGACACGCGCUGCUGGCGACACGGUUCAGAUUCUAGACCUCUGUAGAAUAAAUAGACUCGGGAAAGUAUAAAAUGCCCUGGCUUUUCUACCUACUU